UUAUUCAGAAUUCGGCUUGAGACGAUGGUUCGAAAAUGUCUGACACGUAUCUUAUUUCCUGUUAUUAGUCAUAAGGAUAAUAAAUAUUUCUCGUGAUAUGUAUAAAAAGCUGGAAAAAGACUAUAAUAAGUACUUGUUUUAAAUCUUCCAAGAUGCCUGCGUAUCAUUCUAGUUUCACGGAAAGUAAUGCAACCAUCGGCAAUAUGGCCCUUUUACCAAUUAAAACCGAAUUUAGAGGUCCUGCACCACCUUUAAACAAUAAGGAUAUAGAUAUAAUUGAUGAAGCGUUGAAUUUCUUCAAGGCAAAUGUAUUUUUUAGAACAUAUGAGAUUAAGAGUGAAGCCGAUAGAGUUUUAAUUUACAUUACCUUAUAUAUUACUGAAUGCUUGAAAAGGUUACAAAAAUGUGCCAAUCAGAAUCAAGCAACCAGUGAAAUGUUUUCUCUGGCAAUUUCUAAAUUUGAUAUACCCGGUGAUCCUGGUUUUCCGUUGAAUUCCGUCUACGCCAAACCUAAUACCCCCGCAGAAGCUGAUUUAAUGAGACAAUAUCUACAACAAAUCAGACAGGAGACAGCAGCAAGAUUGGUAGAAAAAGUUUAUGGCAAGGAUGGGAAACCUAGUAAAUGGUGGCUCUGCUUUGCAAAAAAGAAGUUUAUGGAUAAAUCGUUAUCCGGUCCUGGGCAAUGAAAUUAUCUUAAGAUUAUUGUUUUCAAAUGUAUGUGAAUAAAAAUACAAAAAUUCAUUACCAAA